AUGUGGAGACUGUGGAAAGCUCGGAAUGCUCUGGUGUUUAACCGUAAAACCACAACAACUGUGGACACAGUAAUUCAUGCAGUAUCGGACACUAAGGAAUGGCUGGAUAAUGCUACAAAGACUACAACUCGACAUAACUCAGGCCCGAUUAAGGAUGCACGAGAAGCAGGUUGGAGAAAACCCCCAAGAGGAGUAAUGAAAUGCAACUACGAUGUAUCACAUCAUGGCGGGAACAGAGUCUCUGGUCUAGGGUGGAUUAUACGUGAUUCUUUUGGAACCUUUCAUGACUGCGGAUGGGGUAAAUCUCAAGGAUGCACUACAACGGAGGAAGCAGAAUGCACAAGCCUCAUAUGGGCCUUGCAAGCGACUUGGGGAUUGGGAUAUAGGAUGGUUGAAUUUGAAGGCGAUAACCAGAACAUCAACAACAUCAUCAAUGGGACAGCACCACACCCACGGCUGCAACACUACAUUGACACAAUAUGGGCCUGGAGAGAUCUCUUUACUCAAGCCACUUUCACCUUCAAACCGAGAGAACAAAACAAGUGUGCUGAUAUACUUGCAAAAAAAGCUAUAAGUAGUGAUGAGAGAUGGGGUUUGUAUCAUUCUUGUCCACACUUUCUUAACAGUCCUGUAAAGAACGAUAUUGAUCCAAAAUAUUAA